AAAUGGAAUCCCAACUGUAAAAGGUUGCAUAAAUGAUAUUAAUGCCUUUAAAAGUUCAACUAAUAAUCAGUUAUAUUUUGUUUCUUGUGACAUUCAAGAUGCAUUUGGUUCAAUACUACAAGAAAAGUUAUAUAAUAUUAUUAAUAUGUGUUGCAAACAGUUAGAGGAGUAUCUCCCCAAUACGAACUUUUUAUUUUUAAAAAACUAAAGGAAACAAAAUAAAUAAAAAACAGUGCGAUUUGUAUCUCUUCCAUCUCUUAAUUUUAUGAAAUCAGUUGUCAUCCCAAUGCAAAUAAAAAAGCCCAAAUUAGUUCGAACAAAAAUUUUGAUGAAUAAACUAUACAAAUUAAUAUAUCAGCAAAAGGUUAAGUUUAAUAAUCAAGUAUAUUCGAUAAGGCGUGGUGUGCCACAAGGUAUACGAAUAUCAUCAAUUUUAUCUGAUAUAUAUUAUCAACACAUGAUCAAUGAAAAGUUUGCUGAAUAUGCCAACAAUGGACUUUUUGACGCAAUAUAUGUUGACGAUAUCAUAUAUAUUACUGAGAGUGAUCAUUAUGCAAAAAUGUUUCUAGAAAAAAUCAGAAACGGCAUACCUGAAUACAAUGUGACGUUCAAUCCUGAUAAAAUACAAUCAAAAACAAAUCCAUCCAAAGGACCCAUCAAAAUAAAAUUUUUAAAACAGAUUAUAACAUUGUAAAAUCGAUCUAAUAAAAUAUUC